AUGUCGUCAGGGACUCUUCAUAUCGUCGACUCUCGGACGAAGCAGAAGUACGAGAUUCCGAUCAAACAAAAUGUGGUUUCUGCUCUUGAUCUCAAGAGGAUCACGGCACCAGCAACUGGUACAAAUCGAUCAGAUCAUGCGGUUGGUGGGCUGCGGGUACACGACCCAGGGCUACAGAAUACAGCGGUGAUAGAGUCCGCUAUAAGUUAUUCGGAUCAUGAAAGAGGUGUACUUCUCUUUCGCGGUUACACAUUGGCCCAACUAUGGGACAGCGACUUCGAGGACAUGUUACAUCUGCUCGUCUGGGGCACAUAUCCAACAAUGCAGGAAAAGAGGGACUUAAACAGGAAGCUUACAGAACAGAUGCUGGCUGUCCCAGAAAGUGUGCAUCGAACAGUUCGAGGACUUCCCCGCAGAACAUCUCCAUUGCCACUGAUCCUGGCCGGGCUCUCGGCAUAUCUGGCGUGCUUUCCAGAUACAAUUCCCGCAUCAACACAUGCGAGUCUAUACCAAGGAAACCUGCGUAAUGUCGAUGAUGCGGUUAUCCGAACUGUAGCGGCAUAUGGUGUCAUUUUUGGUCUGGUAAAUAGCCAUCGGAAGGGUAUUGAUUUUCAACUACCAUCAUCGGAGAAUAGCUACUGUGCGAAUUUAUUCACUAUGGCAGGGUUGGUGGAUCGGGAUUCCAGUCGCCCAGAUCCAAUUAAGCUGUCAUGCUUCCGGCGCUUUGCCAUGCUGAAUGCCGACCAUGGCAUGGCCCUGACCGUAUUCUCAACACUAGUGACAGCAUCCUCGUUAACGGAUCCUAUUUCCUGCUUGAUCAGUGCGGUGGCAGCCGCAUAUGGGCCCCUUCACUUUGGUGCUACCGUGUCCGCCCAGCGUAUACUCCGGGACAUCGGUAGAACGGAGAAGGUUCCCGAGUUUAUCGAGGAGGUUAAAACCGGGCGAACGAAGCUCUUCGGAUAUGGACAUCGCUCAUACAAAGGUCUUGAUCCCAGGGUGCGCCCAAUUCAGUCAAUCCUGAAGGAUCUGGACUUAUCAUCGAAUCAGUAUUUGAAAAUAACCGAGCGCAUCGAGGAAGUAGCCUCAGCGGACGUCUACUUCAGCCGCAGAGGACUGUACCCCAAUGCCGACUUUUAUGGUAACUUCGUCUUCACUGCGAUUGGCUUCGACCCAGAUAUCAUUCCAGCUGCUAUGUUGACACAGCGAAUAAUAGGGAUAAUGGCCCAUUGGCGGGAAUACAUGUUGACACGCGGCAAGUUGUUUCGACCAUCGCACAUAUACACAGGACGACCUACCGAAAGCACACCCCUUUUACAACCUCAUUGCGAGAAAGAACGAUAUUCACUUUUUACUACCAGACAGAAGCAGUUGAUUAUGCUCACAGCAGCCAUAGCGUCGACAUUCUCCCCCAUCUCUGCUAACAUCUACUACCCAGCCCUCAAUUCUAUAGCUGCCGACCUAGAUGUAACCAGUUCCCAAAUCAACCUAACUAUAACUACAUACAUGAUAUGUCAAGGCUUAGCUCCAACCCUCACAGGCUCAUUCGCAGAUCAAGUUGGCCGCCGCCCGGCCUACAUUCUCUGCUUUUUGAUUUAUAUAACAAGCAAUAUCGCCCUAGCCCUCCAACACAGCUAUCCUGCGCUUCUGAUCCUCCGCGCGAUUCAGAGCACCGGCAGCAGCGGCACUGUGGCCUUGGCAUCAGCCGUCGCAGCCGAUGUCAUCACCUCCGCUGAACGGGGAACGUACAUGAGCAUUACCUCCUUAGGGAACAUCCUUGCGCCAUCACUAGGACCUCUUCUCGGUGGUGUCUUGAGCGAAUCACAUUUGCCAAAAAGAAAGACCGACCCCCUAUCUACGCUCUCGCUUCUCUUCCACCUCCCCACAGGCCUCAUCCUCCUGGCCAACGGCCUAAUCUUCGCAAGCUACUACGCGAUAACAGCCGGUCUACCUUCCCAACUCAGAUCAAUCUACGGACUAAGUGACUUGAGCAUUGGCUUAAGCUUUAUCCCAAUGGGCGCUGGCACCCUACUGAGCGCAACAUUCAAUGGAAUGAUCGUAGACUGGAAUUACAGGCGAAUGAUAGCAAAGGGCCGACAGGACGUGGAGAACUUCGAGCUUGAGAAAGCCAGACUAGGGGUCGGGGGACCGAUGACAGUACGCACCCACAUCCCCAUCUGCUUUUUUAACCGCACUAACCACCCAUACUAUUUUAUACUAAUAUUACAAAAGCUCCUAGCUCCCUUCCCAAUUCUCAUCUACGCUCUCACAACCCCAAGCACCAAUCCACCACCCCUCGCCCUAACCCUAACACUCAUAUUUACCAUAUCCUUCACCUUAACAGCCACCUACAACAUCCUAAAUAUCCUCCUCGUGGACCUCCACUACACAACACCAGCAACAAUAAUGGCCACAAAUAACCUCGUCCGAUGCUCCCUAGGCGCAGCAGCAACAGCCCUCAUCCAUCCCAGUAUCCAGCACCGGGGUGUUAGGGCAACAUAUGGCGGUGUGGCAGUUGUCGUACUAAGCGUCGUUCCUUUACUAUGGAUGAUAAGUCCUCUUCCUCCAGAUAUUCCGAUCUUGUAUUUGCGAUAUCCUGAUACAUCGUGGAUAUAUCCUGGGGAUACGAUUUUGAAGUCCAAAACGGCAAACCUGCCUAUCAUAAGCGCGCGCGGACUAAAUUCUGAAUUGACCUAUCUGCUACUAUUCUUUGACUUGGACGUUAUCUACGGCAUGAACGCAACAGUCGCAUUACACUGGUAUCAACCCGAUAUGGUUUGCACUAUGCAGCAAGGCGCUAUGAUGGAUAUAUCAAAUAGUAAAGAAAUGGUGGAGAAAAGAGAGGGAAAUUCAGGUGGAGGUGUCCUCGUCAACCUGAGCAUGGGAGCCGAAUACAUCGCUCCACGACCGCCACCGUUCUCGCACCAUCGAUAUGUAUACCUCCUGUUUAACCAGAAGAGUGAUUACCGGUUCCCGAAGUGUUAUUGCCAUAUCUUCCCGCAGACGGCAGAGGCGAGAGCAGGCUUCGAUAUCCAGCAGUUCGUAGACAUCGCUAGGCUUGAAGCGCCAGCGGCCGGCAACUAUUUCCUUGUGGAGUAUGAUGGGCGCGUGAUAAGGCCGACGGCUACGGCUAGCCCGACGACGACGUGGCUAAGGUCUAUGUUGUGCGAGGGGGCUGAUCCCACGGGUUCGUCGGGGGCGAGGGCAUGUGAGAUGGAAGGGAGCCUGCAGAUUGUCAUGUAG